AUGUCCGGUGCAAAUGGCAACAAGUCGGCUCCGCGCCCGCCAUCCUUUUCCUCCUCCUCCGGCUCUUCAUCUAUCCCAUCUCACUCCCUACCACCACAUCCGUCGACAACCAACUCGCAACGUCAGCAAAGCCCAGCAUCACACGCAGCCGCAUCCACCCUUGCCGCUCUUGCAUCUAGUCCACCUGCCAGCUCUAUACCCCCUCUACCACCAUCACAGCAGCGAAACCCAUCUGCAUCCACUUCAACUUCUUCCGUCGGCGUCCGCUCCAACACAGCAUCCAUGUUGGAUCAGAGCUUAUACUCCAACGCUUCCUCAUCAGCAUCCAAAUCUUCAGCGAACAAUGCAGGCCGGUCACCCUCCGGUUCACCCCUGAAGAAAGAAGUCGAUCUAAGCACAAAAUCUUCCGCCUCUCCCUCAACCUCUUCGACUCCAGCCAGGAAGCCCUCUUAUUCGGCAGGCACACCGGCUUCGACUGGAGGUGGAAGCGCAGCCAAGGGCGGAGGUGGUUCAGGCAAGAGAAAGAAAGCGAGUCGCGCAUGUUUGCACUGUCAAAAAGCUCAUUUGACCUGCAACGACUCUCGGCCUUGUCAAAGGUGUGUUAAGAAGGGUCUGGCUGAUUCUUGUACGGAUGGACAUCGGAAGAAGGCGAAAUACUUGCUGGAUGAUGAUGAAUUGGAGGAGUUGAAAAGGCAGAAGGAGGCAAAGAAGGCGGCUAAGCAGGCGCAGAAGGCGAAGAAUGCCCAGCAGCAACAGCAGCAACAGCAGCAGCAGCAGCAGCAGCAGGAUUCAGCAGUAUCGCAAGCAACAGCUUCAUCAUCCCAGAAGCAAGCAAUGGCAGUAAGCAGCAUCCUCGAUCAGGUCGCCGCAAAUAGUGUUCCUACCCCCUCGUCUUCCGGUCAUGGUCCUUCGCCGCAUCAGCACGACUAUCUUUCCAGUAACACAUUCGACUCCUCCUCCACGAAUGAUCUUGCACCGUCUGGUAAUGGCGGGAACAGCGGAGCAGGAGGAGCACCGUUCGAUCUUUCGUUCGACCCAUCAACGCACAACUUUGGAAGUGAAGCAACGAGUCUAGAGUAUUCCAUCCUUUCGUCGAUGCUCAACGGGACAGAUCUGCAAUUGUUGGGUCCAUCGGGUGCAAGUCCUGAUUUCCAGACUAGCCCGGCGGUGGGUGUGAUGGAUGGAUGGAACAUCGCCAGUGGUGGACUGGAUGCGAUUUUAAAUAUGGACAUGCAACAGCAGCAGCAAGGAGUUCCGCGGACGGGUGGGUUGGAUACUGCUGCAGCAACGUAUAGCGAUACUGCGGGGAUGGGCCCGUAUGCGGAUGCAGGAGGGGCAGGGACCACAGGGUUGACGGAUAUGACUGGCGCUGGGGAGUUUGGGGAUUUGGAAGUGCCCAGUCCUAAACCGGCUAUGAUGGAAGAAUCGACGCUGCUUGCUGACGAGCAGGGACAGAAGCAGCAGCAAUCGAGUGUCAGCAAUCACAACUCUGGUGGAGGGAACAAUCAAGUGGAUCUCGGAUCCUCCUCCCAACGCAGCACCUCCAACGAACCGGUCGCAGACAUCAACAAAGCCAUCGCUUCCCGUCGAGUCGCACGUCAACAACAAGACACAAUUUGGCGUGCCCGUAUCGCCAAAACCUACCGCGACAACACCGCCCCUUUUCCUUACCCCGAAGGCUACCACUUCCUCAUCAAAUACGUCACUUCGAAAUUCGAAAAGCAAGACGUCCUACGCAUCGUUCGCGCCCUUGCCAUUUUCCGACCCUCCCUCAUUGCCCUCCAAAUGCCCCUAACCGAAGAAGACGAGAUUUUCGUCGAGCGAUCAUUCCAGCGAACAAUGCUCGAAUUCGAAAAACUGAUCAGCUUCAGUGGAACGCCGACGGUAGUGUGGAGAAGGACGUGCGAGAUCUGCGUAGUCGGGGCAGAGUUUUGCAUGCUUACGCAGUGGAGUAAGGAUCAGCUGGUGGGAAGGAGGAUAUAUGAGUUUAUGGAUAAGGAGAGUACCUUGGAUUAUUGGGAAAAGUUCGCAUUGCAUGCGUUUGAGAAUACAACACAGAGCGUGAUGACCACAUGUACACUGGUGAAGCCGGAUGGGAAACUGGUUCCUUGUGCAUGGAGUUUUACGAUCAAGAGGGAUAUCUUUGACUUGCCGAGUUUGGUUGUUGGGAAUUUUUUACCGAUCUUGUCCUGA